AUGAGUUGUAAUAGUGAGCCCAGAACCUAUCCAUGUACCAUUUGUGGUGAUCAAAGUCAUAUUGGACCUCACUGUCCUUUGUUUUACCCUAAUGAAACUACUCGUGACCAGGUUAGGGUCCUACAUGGUGGUAUGAACUCUAAAUAUGAGAGUCGACCCAAGUUAGAUCCCUAUUCUAAUACCUAUAACCCUGGUUGGAAACAUAAUCCUAAUUUUUUGUGGUCCAAAGGUGCCCAUCAGGGCAGCCCAUCUAGCAACCCACCACCAGGUCAUAGGUUCGAUGAAAUUCAACGUAACCAACAAAACAGUGACCGAGCUAUUGUCAACAUAGAGACUCAAAUAAGUCAACUGUCAAACAGGUUAAGUGAUAGGGAGAAUGGGAGAUUUCCUAUCCAACCGACUCUGAAUCCCAAAGGAGUUAACCGGGUUAAUGGGUCAGGUAGUUCUAACCACAACGAACAUGUCAAAUCAGUUGUCACCCUUAGGAGUGGUAAAACAUUAGAGAACUCGGUAGAACCACCUAAGGACAAGAGUCCAGCUGAAAAAGAGACUGAAGUUGAUCAAACUUCGUCUAAAGACCCUAAUGAACCCAAGAGUGCUAAGAGUCCAAGUGAGGAAAAUAUCCCUGAGAGAGUAUACGUACCACCUGCACCAUUUCCUCAGAGACUCGCUAAGAAAAAGCCUAGUACAUAUGCUGAAAUCCUAGACAUCUUUAAGCAAGUUAAGAUCAACCUUCCCUUGUUAGAUGCAAUAAAACAUGUACCGACUAUGGCCAAAUUCCUAAAAGAGAUGUGUAUUGUCAAGAGAGACGCGAGUGUCCAUAAAAAAACAUUUUUGACCCAACAAGUUAGUUCCAUAAUCUCACAAAAGUACCCAGUCAAAUUUAAAGAUCCUGGUUGUCCUACUGUCACAUGUGUCAUAGGUAAACAAACGAUAGACAAUGCUCUAUUAGAUCUCGGGGCUAGUGUGAAUUUGUUACCGUUCUCGGUAUAUGAACAACUUGGACUAGGUGAGGUGAAACCAACUAGGAUAACACUACAGUUAGCCGAUAGGUCAGUCAAAAUCCCACGUGGAAUUAUUGAAGACGUUUUGGUUCAGGUAGAAAACUUUAUCUAUCCAGUUGACUUUGUGAUUUUAGACACUCAACCUGUCUCUAGUCAAGAUAUUAAUAUCCCAAUCAUCCUAGGUCGUCCGUUUCUAUCCACUGCAAAUGCAGUCAUACAUUGUCAAACUGGCCUAGUAAAAUUUUCCUUUGGGAAUGAGAAAAUCUCGGUGAACGUUUUGAGGGCGUUACAAGCCCACCGGACCCUGAACACUAUGAGUCUAUAUGCAUGA